UCCGUGACUUCAGUUACCUCCGCAACUGUAGCAUGCUUUCUACUCUCUUCCCUCGUUGAAGCCAUCGGAAGCUUUAGGGAUUCCAUCGGUCGUUCUCUCCCUGUUAUCUUGGCGCUCGCCCAAGGCGACCGGCACCUAGGUUCAGGCGAGCGACUAGGCAACGCUUCUUUGAAGUGCGUCGCCUGGCCAAUCUGUGAAUUGGUACAUGAUCUUACAGCUCGGCCCUUCUGCUGAGCUUGCUGACAUAGAAGCUAAGUAUUCCAUGCUUGUAUCGCAAUUAAAUUCAAUCAAGAAUGACUUCCCAGGUACUGAGGUGGCCCUAAAUUUUGUGAAGGAAUCUUUUUAUGUGUUCUUAGAUCCAGUUAAACGAGCAGCUUUUGAUUCUAAACGAAGUGGUUUAGGUGGUGUUCCAUGUCAAUCAUACCCUAAGAUUAAGGUUGGUUGCUCUGUGGAUGUUGGCAAUCCAGUGGUGGUGGAAAGAGCUGCUGCAGGAUGUAAUUUUGAUAUACCUUAUUUGAGUGAAAUGGCAACUCGUGAGGCUUCAGAGGACAAUGCUGAACAGCAGCAGAAGAAGAUAUUGACCAAUGAAGAAAGCUGUGUCACAUCCCAAAAGAAUUCCAAAGAUGGUAUUGGUCUCUACCUGAAAUGCCCAGAAGAAAAUUCUUCUUCUUCUUCACAGUUCAUAUCAAGAAAGAGGCCUGAACCUGACUUUUACAACUUUGAGAACAAUGCAAAGGCUGAGCUUUCUUCUCCACUUAUCAGAUUUGGGUAGCCUACAAUCAAGAAAAUAUGCCACGCAGAUAUGCUCAAAUAGAUAAGAUGAUGCCUGACAUGUUUCAUCUGUAUGUUACAUGGUUCAAACCUUGCAUCCCAGAGUCCCAGGAUGAAAAUAAAUGGUUCGCUGCAGUCUUGCCUAUUGCUUGUGGUUCCCUUGUGCUGGAGUGCAACAAAUUCACAUUUAGUAAUCGUGCUAUGUUAUCUCACCUAAUAUCAAAUGGUAUAACAAAACAACAAUUUGAAAUUUAUCCUAGGAAGGGUGAGGUCUGGGUGCUCUACAGAGAUUGGGCCAUUGGUUGUUGCUCUAAUCCUCUGGUCACAAAGAAUUGUGACUUUCAAAUGGUGGAAAUUAUUACUGAUUAUUUGGAAGAUUUAGGUGUCACUGCUGCAUACUUGGCCAAGGUUGCUGGAUAUAAGAAUGUCUACUGCAGGUACUUAGAGAGAGGGAAUGUGUUAUCCAUUAAUAUCCCAAGAAAAACACUCUUUAUGUUCUCUCACAAUGUCCCUGCAUUCAGAUUUGAGGGUGGAGAAAUUGAUGGAACUGCGAAAGGUAUGUUGGAGUUGGACCCUUUGGCUGUUCCAGAUAAUUUGUUCCAAUAUUUUUCUUCUGCUAGUGCAACUUGUACAGAUGCACCUUGCUUGAUGCCCAAGGUUGUGAACUGCUAUGAUAAUGCCAAUUUCACUCCGUUUUCUAGUCCUUCUGUUAGUACAACAGACUCAGGCGGGUCAAGUACUGGAAUCCUAAAUCAUAAGUCCAAGCGGUCAGCUAAGAAUUUCAAAGUAGAACAGGUUUGGGCUGUAUAUGAUGGACUGGAUGCUAUGCCUCGAUCAUAUGUAAAGGUAACUAAUGUGGUUUCACCAUGUAGAGUAUCUGUGAAUCUGUGAUAUUCAUAGAAUCUCAUCCAAUGAUCGAUGAAGAAAUUCAGUGGGUGGAAGAAAAUUUGCCACUUGCAUGUGGGAUAUUUCGAGCUGGUAA